AUGGCUGGUGCGGGCCGCCCGCCCCUGCCGCCUCCUCCUGCGCCGCCGCCGCCGCCUCUUCCUCCUCCUCCUCCGCCACCGCCACCUCUAGCAGCAGCACCAGCAGCAGCAACACCAGCAGCAGCAGCGCCCCUGCCGCUGCCUCCCUCUGCCCUCCUGCCGCCUUCUCAGCCGCCACCCCCGCCGCCGCCUUGCUGGGGACUGAGUCCCUCCCUCGCCCUCGCUUCCCCUUUUCCAGGCUCCCAGAGGCUGCAGCAGCCGCGGCGGCGGCGGCGGCGGCGGCGGCGGCGGCGUCUCUUCGCCCCUCCCCCCCGACCCCCCCCGCCCCCCACCAUACGGGACGGGGAAGCCCCAGGUGGAGCCGGUCCCUCUAUGGGAGCCUCGGAGUUUGGGCGAAAGCAUGUGCGCAUGUGCAACCAAGAGCCCACCUGCAGGGGCUCUAAAGAAGUCUUCCCACCUCGGGGCUCCCACCCCCUGAAAGACCCCACUCUGGCCCAAGCAGAGAGCCCAGAGCCAGAGGGAAUGGCCCCCGGGACCCCGAGGCCUCCCUCCCAGGGGUCAGUAACAUUCAAGGAUGUGGCUGUGGACUUCACCCAGGAGGAGUGGUCCCUUUUGGACCCUUCUCAGAAAGCGCUGUACCUGGAGGUCAUGCUGGAGAAUAUGUUGAAUCUACUCUCUGUGGAGAGAGCAUCUCUUUCUGUGCAUAAGAGAAUUCACACUGGAGAGAAACCUUAUAAAUGUAAACAAUGUGGAAAGGCUUUCACACAGAAGGGCACUCUUGAUGCACAUCAGAGAAUCCACACUGGAGAGAAACCUUAUGAAUGUAAACACUGUGGAAAGGCUUUUACAAUGAGUUGUCAUCUUGUUGCACAUCAGAGAAUACACACUGGAGAGAAACCUUAUGAAUGUAAACAGUGUGGAAAGGCUUUUACAAUUAGAGUCUCUCUUACUGCACAUCAGAGAAUCCACAGUGGAGAAAAACCUUAUGAAUGUAAACAGUGUGGAAAGGCUUUCAAAGAGAGAGGCCAUCUUGCUAUACAUAAGAGAGUCCACAGUGGAGAGAAACCUUAUGAAUGUAAAGAGUGUGGAAAGACUUUCACACAGAGGGGCUCUCUUGGUAAACAUCAGAGAAUCCAUACUGGAGAGAAACCUUAUGAAUGUAAAUACUGUGGAAAGGCUUUUGCAACGAGGAGCAAUCUUGCUUCCCAUCAGAGAACCCACACUGGAGAGAAACCUUAUGAAUGUAAACACUGUGGAAAGGCUUUUACAGUAAGGGACCAUCUUACUGCACAUCAGAGAAUCCACACUGGAGAGAAACCUUAUGAAUGUAAAGACUGUGGAAAGAUUUUUACAUGGAAAGUCUCUCUUUCUAAUCAUGAGAGAAAGCACACUGGAUAGAAACAUUGUUGUAUGAGAUAAAAUCUUGCAUUAUUCUCCAGGAUACAUUAUUUAGUAUUAGUAAUUUUGAUUGGCAAUUUUCUAUAGAAAAUUAGAGAGGGGACAGCUAGGUGACUGAGUGGAUUGAAAGCCAGGCCUAGAUAUGGGAGGCCCUAUGUUC